AUGGCGAACCUCGACACUCUCCCACCAGAGAUCCUCUUCACCAUCCUCUCCUACACAGAACCCAACCUCAACCCCACGCUCUCCACCUACCCGCUCAACACCCUCGCCGCAACAAACAAGCAUCUCAACGCCAUCGUCGAAGAAUACGCGCGCAACCUUCUCAAACGCCACGCCGACAUCGUCCUACCGAAGAAUACGCGCAUAUACACGUGCCGUCGAAAAUGGCUGGGCGACAUGUGUUACUUCUGCAAGAAGAAGACACAGCGGAAAGCGUGUUUAUACAAGACCAUAGCGUGCUGCCUGGCAUGCGAUAAGAAGGAGUAUGAGAAGAUGCUCUCUAAACUUGACCUGUUUACCCCGUCGCCAUUGCAGCUCGAUCUUCCGCCUUUAGUAACAGCACCAUACCCCAUCAUGGGCGCUGCAUGCAUCAUGCUCUCCGCCCCCGAUGUUCGCGCCCGCGCCGCACACGUACGAUCCCGGCUCGGUGACGCAGCGCGCGACGAAAGCUAUAUGCGCAAUCGCCGCGCGAAACACGACCGCAUUGUCAAACAUUUGGGUAUCACGUACGAGCCCACUUUGGGGUGGUACAUGUGUUCGGAUGCGUCGCGCAAUGGGGAUGGAGAUAGGGAGGAGAAGGAGAAGAAGAAGAUACCUGGGAGCAUGCGCUCAGAAGAGAGUAGAAUGGCGUAUGCGGAGAAGGCCUUGGAGGAGGAGUGGAGGGCGUUGGGGAUGGGUGGGUUGGUAGCGCGGGAUACGGAUUAUAUGGCUUGUGUGAGAGGGCGGCGAGGAAGAAGAAAGGAGAGAGAGAUCGUGAUUCUGGAAUAG